AUGGACUCGCAGACCAUUAGCCUCUCGAACACAAAUGUCAUCGUCCACCCGCUCGUGCUGCUUUCAGUGACGGAUCAUGCAUCGCGAUCGGCAUCCGGAUCGCGCAAGCGCGUCGUCGGCAUCCUGCUCGGCCAAGACAACGGCAAGACGAUCAAUGUGGCCAACUCUUUUGCCGUUCCAUUCGAGGAGGACGAGCGCGACGCAAAGACAUGGUUCCUCGACCACGACUACAUCACGGGCAUGAUGGAGAUGUUCAAGAAGGUCAACGCUCGCGAGAAGAUGGUGGGAUGGUACCACACAGGCCCGCGCCUGCGCUCGUCGGACCUCGAGAUCAACGAGCUGAUGAAGCGCUUCAUCCCGCGGCCCGUCAUGGUGAUUGUCAACCCAAGGCAGCGCGACGUGGGCAUCCCCACCGACGCGUAUUUCGCCGUCGAGGAGAUCAAGGACGACGGCACGGCGACGCAGAAGACAUUCAUGCACGUGCCCAGCACCAUCGAGGCCGAGGAGGCCGAGGAGAUCGGCGUCGAGCACCUCUUGCGCGACAUCCGCGACACAACAGCCGUCGGCACGCUCUCGACGCGCGUCUCGAGCCAGCUGUCCAGUCUGCGUGGGUUGCAAUCCAGGCUGCUCGAGAUCCGCGACUACCUCCAGGCCGUCGUCGAGGGCAAGCUGCCCGUCAACCACCAGAUCAUCUACGACCUCCAGGACAUCUUCAACCUGCUGCCGGACCUCGACAAGAACAGCGAGGCCGCCAAGUCGUUUGCGGUGGACAACAACGACCGUCUGCUGGUCGUGUACCUCUCCAGUCUCAUCCGUGCCGUCAUCGCGCUACACGGUCUCAUCAACAACCGACGUGAGAACGAAAAGGGCGAGGAAGAGGCCUCGAAUACAAUGGCCAACGGCACCGCUGCGGCGAGCAAGGACGGCGCGGACGACGCCAAGAAGGACGAAUCCAAGGACGAAAAGAAGAAGGACUAG